CGAGAUAAGUGUGAGACUUGAAUUUUAUAAUAAACCCCGCAUGUCUGCUUAGAUCAGCAACGUUGUGGGGUUGGACCUUAAAACGCCUCGCUGGCUUGUACUUGGCUCAAACUUGGCUUGCACGAAAGUUUUACUGAGUCUGAAUUCAACCGAGCCUCGGACGUGUCUGGACAAGCUCUCCCCCUUUUUAAAACCAUGUUCACUCAAUUUCAAAGUGUGGUCUUGGUAGAAAAGCAAUGUCUUGGCUCCCAGUUCCUCCUGCUCCGUUUCUCUUCCUUUCUCUGUUGAAAACAGAGCGUCCCAGGCUAUUCGCAGAAGCCUUGGUCAUUAACUGCUGCAUUUCAAAUUUUUGCCUCAUAUCUGGCAUCAGUCUAUCAAGGACAGAUCUGCCUGACGCAGAGCUAAUCAACGCGCCUUUUAUCUAUUAAAUGGAACGGCGUUUAGUUGUAGACAGCACAACCUCGGAGAAGUAUAUGCGAAUAGCAUCCAUCUCCAUCGCAUUUUACGAUUACGUUCUCACCCUCCCCGCAGAAUGGCGCUUUUACCGAAGCCAAUCGUCAUUUUUUCAUAUAAGCAUUGCCUGCGCCCUAUUUAUUCUCAUACGCUAUUUUAGUAUAUUGGCCAUAGUACUCAGCAAUUACGGAUACUUCUCCACCGCCUUUACCCUCCAAACAUGUCAACAGUACUAUCUUGUGGCACCUAUCUUCAAAGCCAUACAAACUAUGAUAUCGCAGGUCAUCCUAGGUGUCAGGACAUUCAAUAUUGCAAGAAGAGAUAGGCGGAUAGGAAUCGCACUAUUGCUGCUAUAUCUAUUCGCAAUUGCGGCGGAGUGGUUUGCCGAUCUAUUUCAUCGCACCCCUGUUAUGGUUGAUGUACGUCAUUGCACCUCAGCAAAUGCUGGCAGAGUAUUGUCAACCUGGUUCUACUACCUCGCUGUGAUGAUUUAUGACAUCGUGAUGGUGACGGUAUCUACCAUGCAUCUUCUGCGUUAUAAUCCUCUUAGUAGCAGAGUAGAACGGCUGAUACGGGUCUUGAUCUAUGAUGGCAUUGGAUAUUUCAUCGUGUUGUCCGCGGCGAAUGUAUUGAACCUCAUCCUAUAUCAUACGACCGAUAUAGAGACCCAGUCCGCAGGGGCAUCAAUAGGUUAUGCUGUAACGUGGAUCAUGAGCCAACGGAUCCUCAUCAAUAUACGAGAGCCUAAUACCCAACGCUUGGAAAACGUGAUCGUCGCGCGUAACACAAAUUCCGCGCAGAAAAAAGUGAUGUCCGGUCUCCGCUCACAGUUCGAGUCCAAGAGCCACUCCAAAGGCUCUAAAACCCCCAUCGAUGCAGAGUUCGGGCCCGCAUCUCCUCAUAGUGGGCAUGCUGACGACAUGGAGCUCGGUGUACGCGUACGCGUCGAGCGCUCGGUGGUGGUCGACUACAUGGAUGAAUCUGAGCAUUCGAGUUCGUGGGGGCCACCGAGGGCAAAAUGAUUCUGAGGCACUGACGGCCUAAGAAUCAUAACAAAGAUGGAAUGAUUAUUUGCUACGGGAGAGUACCCAACAUACGAUAUUAAUAACGUAUAUAUACCCACCCAGUGCUACUAUCUCAAUCUCAGAGCUUUUCACCACUCAGGUUGUUCCCC